CGGGCGGGCUGGGCGAUGGGCCCGUGGCUGCGCUCGGCGGGGCUGGUGGCGGGCUCCACGCUGGCCUUCGCCGCCCUCCGCCAGGGGCUCCGGCUCAGCCCGCUGCCGGCGCACGUUCGCCUCGACGCCACCCGCACCUGGCGCUGGAGGAACCUGCUCGUCUCCUUCGUCCACUCCGUCGUGGCCGGGAUCUGGGCCGUGGUCGGCGUGUGGAAAAUGCCUGGGGCUUUUGCCGACCUCAUCAACUCAACCUCUCGAUCUGGGCAUCUGCUGCUGUGUGUUUCCGCAGGUUAUUUCAUCCAUGACACUCUGGACAUCAUCGUGUGCCGCCAGUCUCGGGCCUCGUGGGAGUACCUGGUCCACCAUGCCAUGGCCAUCAUGGGAUUGCUCUCUGGGAUCCUCCUGAACCGCUUUGUGGCCGCUGGCCUGGUGACCCUCUCUGUGGAGGUGAGCAACAUCUUCCUGACCCUCCGCAUGAUGAUGCGCCUGGGCCACCUGCCCUUCCCCACCCUCUACCUGGUCAACAAGUACGUCAACGUGGUGGUCUACUUCCUCUUCCGCCUGGCCCCCCAGGCCUACCUGACCUGGUACUUUAUCCGCUUUGUGGAGAUGCGGGGCCAGGGCGCUUUCCUCAUGGUCAACCUGGUUCUCCUCGACGGCAUGAUCCUCGUCUACUUCUCGCGCCUCAUGCGCUCCGACUUCUGCCCGGGGGCCCGGGGCCCAGACAGCGAGAAGAAGUUCCUGGCGGACUGAGCCGCCUCCUGUGGUCUCUCCCAGACUCCUUGGCGGGCGGAGAGGACGGUUGGGGCAGU